AUGAAGAACAAGCCACUAUUUGAAGGGAUAGAUGAAUCUUUACCCCUCGAGAUCAUUGCUAGCGCGCUUCACAUGGAUGAAAAGGAAGCAAAGGCUAACCUAGAGACCAAAGGGAAUACCAAAGGGUUUUCGCUAAAUUUUCUCUUGGAAAGAGCUCAUACCCUAUUGAAAGCAGAAAGUUGGGAUGCUUGUUACUCUGCUAUUGCGUUGGCCAUUUAUGGCGUCAUCAUGUUCUCGAAUAUGGAUGGUUUCGUAGACAUGGCUGCCAUUUUCGUUUUCCUUACUGGGAACCCAGUACCUACUUUGUUAGUCGAUGUCUACUAUUACAUAAGUCAUAUGUAUACUAAGAAAAAGGGAUUGAUUGCUUGUUGUGCUCCUUUAUUAUAUCAGUGGUUUCUAGAACAUCUUCCGAAGACAGGUGCUUGGGUUGAACAGACAGAUGUUAGUUGGCCUCAGAGAUUGGGAUCACUCCGAUCUGAGGAUCUCUCUUGGUAUUCCAAAGAAUACAUCAACAUGGACAUCAUAUUCAGUUGUGGAGAUUUCCCAAAUCUACCUCUUAUUGGAACUCAAGGAUAUGUAAAUGCUAAUCCAGUUCUAUCACUCAGGCAACUUGGCUACCUGAUGGAAGGCCCUCCAGAGGAAAAGUCUUUGGAAGCUUUCUUGUUACUUGACUUUGGAGUUGAGAAUCCUAGCUUAUUCCAACGAAUCAAAGAAGCUUGGAAGAAUGUUAAUCGAAAAGGGAAAGCUGAUUUGGGGAGAGAAAAUGGGAUUACAAAAGAACCAUAUUUUCAGUGGGUAAAGGAAAGGGUAGAGAUGAUCAAAAUUCCAUUCGUCAUUCGAGCACCUGUACCUCUUCCUGAACCUAAGCUCACCCAUGUCCCUAUUGAAGAAGUGGAGGAACUCAAGACCACCAUGGCAAAGUUAGAAAGAGAGAAUGAAGAGUUGCAGAUAAAACUCCAACAAACCGUCAAUGAGAACAACAAUAUGAAGUGGGAGCUUGAGAGAAAAGAGGCACAGCUUCAAGCACAUGUGGAAAAGUUCAACAAAGAGGAGCAUAAGAUAAAAAAGAUCAAAGUGGGAUUAGAACAAGCUGGUCAUUGUUUAGAUACUCUUAAGGGUUAA